AUGUCUACCCCAGUUUUGACAGAAGAUUGCAUAUUUGAAAUAUUUGAUCAUUUACGUAACGAUCGGUCAACCUUACAUAAAAGUUUAUUCGUUAAUCGAUUAUUUUGUAGAAAUAUCGUUCCCAUACUUUAUAAGAAACCAUUUCGUAACGUUAAAGAUCAUUUACAUUAUUACCUUCUUAUCAACACAUACCUCGCAUGCCUUAAUGAAGGAGAAAGGUCCUUCUUAAUUCAAAAUAACAUCAAGAUUGAAGAGGAACCAACAACAUUAUUUGAAUAUGGAAUGUAUUUAGAAGGGUUACCUUAUUCAAAUUUAAAUAUUAACCUUGAAUUUUGGUUUUUAUAUCAAUUUUAUGAUAUGAAUAAGAAUCAAAAAUACAUUCAAUAUCAAGAUUAUAAUAAAUUUUAUUGUGACAUUCAUGAUGAUACGAGGUAUAAAUUAAUUAGGAAUACAUUAUUUCAUUCCUUCUUUCGACAAUUUAAAUUCAUUAACCCGAAAUAUUUAAAGGUUAGAAAUAAUAUUUUUGAUACCAACCUUUAUGAUUCGCAAUUCUUUAAAGAGAUCACCUCGAAUUUGAAAAUUUUAUCAUCAUUACACAUUUACAUUGAUGAUCAGAUGAAGGAUUUUGUAAGCGACUUUUUAAUUCUCCUCUCGGAAAAUUGUUUUAACCUUAUUGACUUCAAAGUAUCCACAACGAUUAACAUUGAACAUGAGUCCACUUUACCAUGUCUACUUUCCAGACUCAUUAAACAACAAAAAAAUCUUGAGAGUUUCUAUUUAAGGAUAAAUAAUCAAAAUAAUGAGGUUUAUAAUAUAUUUGAAUUAUUACAAUCACAAAAAAAUACCUUGACCACGUUGCAAUUGGACGGUUGUCACUUUGAUGAGAGAUCGACCGACCUACUGACAAGGUUUGAACGGUUGGAAUCUCUGAACCUCAUCUGUUGUGAUGGAAUUGAUUUAAACAUUUGUAAGAGGAUAUCAAAUGAUAAGAUUAAAUUAAAAAAGUUGAAAUUACGAAACAAUUAUUGGGAACCAAAUAUGACCGCGACAUUUAUAAGUUCGAUAGGGAGUUCAUUAACAAGUCUGGUACAUCAAGAAGUAUCCUUUCCCUUGAACGUAAAUGAAGAAGUUUACAAGUCGAUCAUCACUACUUGCAAGAAUUUGGACAAAUUUGAAGCAUGGAUCGAUUCCGAGGUGGUGUUAAGUUAUCUGGCAAACAAUUUACCUAAUGAUUUAAGGGCAUUCACGCUUAAAUUUUAUGGAGGGGCCACCCCCGUGUACUUGGAAUAUUUCUUUAUCAAUUUCAAUUACGUCACGUUAUUGCAAGAAAUGAAUUUUGAUUUCGUGAUGUCCGAUAAAUGCUUGGAAAUUAUUUUAAAGUAUGUCGGAAGGAUGAAACUUGAUCAAGGAUUUUGGAGUUUGGAUUGA